AUGAUGGAGGACAAUGAAGUUGAUAGGCUCAGCAAGUUGCCUGAUGACGUUUUGCUCAACAUUGUGGAGCGACUUGAUAUCGCUGAUGCUGCACGAACCACCAUCCUCUCGACACGUUGGAAACAGAUCCCUGCGAUACUCUCAAAGGUUGUUAUCGUGGCUGGAUCUUUUGAGCCCAAGCACGAAAGGAGGAAGAUAACCUCAGAUGAUAUAGUUCGGGCCAACACCACCGUGCUGGAAGCUGCUAGGUGCAUACUGGGAAGGAGGGCUGGGAGUCUAUCCACCAUUCACCUGUUGUGCAUGCAAUUCUACUUGGGAGAUGAGUCUGUUUUCAUUGGCCAGACUGUUGCCAACACCAUAGCAACACAAAAGGUCGCUUCAGCCGAGUUUACAAUCAUGACGAAGGUGCGCAGAAAUUGUUCUGUUGAUGAACUGCUCACUUAUGGGAGGCAGUUCAUGUCAUUCUUUGGUUCGUGUCCAAACACAUUUGGUGGUCUUGCACGCCUCACGCUAGAGAAUUUGAGGUUGGGUGAAUCAGACUUCCCCAAAAUUUUCAGUAUUUGCAAUCAACUGGAGUUCCUCCGUCUCCAACAGUGUGAUGCGGGGAAUAUGUCUUUGCUGGAAGUGGAACACGAACAGCUCCGUGAAUUACUGAUUUUUUGUAGCAGUAUUAAGAGGGUUGAUCUGAAGUGUGUACCAAAGCUCACAAUACUGAAAUUUAAUGCUUUUAUGUCUCCAGAAGACCCCUUCUGUCUGGGCUAUGUCCCACUGCUUCAGACUGUGACCAUCAUUCAUACUGGUCUUUCGCGGCACAAGAUGCUCAAGUUAAGCGAGUUGCUGGGUAAGACGGCCAUAAGCUUCCUCCAUUUGAACUUCAAAUGUGAAAAGAUUUGGGUGAAACCAGAAGGUCGAAAGCAAUUGCUACCGGUGUUCCACAAACUAAGGCUUGUGAAUUUGAUCAACAUUUCUGAAGAAUGUGAUCUGACUUGGACGAUGUUCAUACUCCAAGGUGCACCCGCCCUUAAGGAACUAUGCAUCAUGGUGAGGGAUCAUUUAUGUGAAAUGACAACCGGGGAGGUGAGGAAGAGGUUUACAUUUAGCGAGAAGAAGGACGAAGGACUAGAGUGGGGACCAUCCUCCCCUGAUUUCAAGCACCACAAUCUGGCUGAGGUCAGGAUCUAUGGGUUUCAGGCAGAAGACAAAUUCAUGAGGUAUGCCAGAAAUGUCGUGGAGGCAGCGGUGAACCUGGAGGCCAUGAACCUAUAUAGAAAUCCAGGGUGUGAUAAGUGCAAGCACACGCUUCCAGGCCAGUGGACAUGGACGGAGAUGUUGUUGAUCAGAGACAAAAUCAACAAUGGGAUGUCGUCACGUGCCAGGAUUCACUUCCCGAGCUGA